AGGUAGUACUUCAACCGAGCUGGAACGAGUUUGAUUCGGGAUCUGGUCCUGGCUUAUUGGCUCUGAAGGUAUAAACUCCUAGACCACUUACUCCUCCACAUACGGACGGUACGACUAGUAUCCACACUCGACUCAAGGAUUCAGGGAACAAGGACGAGGCACGAUAGUGCUUGAGACCUUGCGAUGGCCACAGCUACAGCAUCAUCCUCCAAGCCCAACUCCGGGGCCGGAGGCCGAUCGAAUACCGGUACCCCGACUCCGAGGGUAGUCAGUAACCUGGGUCUACCGGGGAUGGACCCUCCUACUUCUCGUCCGUCUUCUUCGAGCGGAGCUCAGGGUCAACAAGCACAAGCACAACAACAACAAGGUGCUAAUACAGCCGAAGCGAUUGGUUCGAAUACACCUUUACCUUCAAACUCCACCCUCCCUGAUGGUCAAACUCAAACAGAAACGCAGGCGGACGAUGCCCAACAACAACAACAAAAAGAACAACAAGCCAAAGAAAAAGAAAAGGAAAAGGAGAAAGAAAAAGAUCGAGAGAGAAGAAGACUGUUGGAGCGUCAAAAGGAAAAGUCGGAGCAUAAGCCCAAGUUGGUUAUUAGUAGUGACGAGUUGAACGUGUUGAUCUAUUCGUAUCUGUGCGAAUCCUCCUUUCCCCACACGGCCUACACCUUUCGCUCGGAAUCGAAAUUGGACCGAUCACCGUUGUUUACGAGUUUCAACCCGGAUCAUCCGGGGAGGUUCCCCAUUGGAGGUCCCGCAUCUGGAUCUGGUGUUGGAGCGGCUGCAGGGGCAGCGGCGGAAGGCGGACCUAGUGGGAACGCAAAUGCGAAUGCCAGCGCGCCGACUUCGACAGGCACGACAGGAGGUGGAAAGGGAAAGGGGAAGGCCAAGGAAGAUCCCGUUGACGAGGGGGACAAGAUGGAAGUCGACGGGGCGGACGAGGCCGAUCCUCCAGCAGAGGGAGGGAAGAAGAAACCCGCGUUGAAACGUAAAGGAUCUGAUAAAACGCCCAUGACGGCCGCUUCGACCCCCGGGCCGACUACAAAUACAGCAUCGGCGGUGGGGGUACCUACGGGGUUGGGACCGGGAGUGAGGUCGAGGGAGGAGAGGUUCAGGGCGGUCCCGAGAGGAGAGUUGAUUAGGCAUCUUUACAAGGGGUUGAUGUGGGACGAGGUGGAGAAGCAUGCUCAGUGGGGUUGGGCCGAGCCACCACCUUGUGUCACACCGUUCACACUGCUGACUCGCCACGAAUGCACACUGGCGGCACCACGGAACGGUCAAGGACCUACCAUUCCACCAAACCUUAUCGAUCACAAAACCGGCAGGCCCGUCUUUUCCGCCAUUCUCUCGCCGGAAGAAAAGGCGCAACUUCGACAACACGACAUCUUCCCCCCUGCAGCCGGAGGGAGUCGUGCAGAGCAACUAGAGCGCAUGUUGGGACAGAGGGAGUCGGCAGCUGCGCAGGAGCUUCGAUUGCGGGCCGAGGAGCAUCAUCGGGCUAGAGAGGAGCGCAAGCGGAAUAAGGAGCGUCGCAAGGAGAAGUUGGAGAGGAGGGAAAAGGCUGCAGCGAAGGCGAGGCGGGAAACUGACGAUGAUGAGAGGGAAGAGGAUGGUAUGGAUGUGGAUAUGGAGGACGUUCAGGAAGUUCCCGAGCGGGCCAAGGUCCGGGAAGGGAAACGGCGGCAGUUGGAAGAGGUUGAGAAGGUUCCGGAUAUCCAGGUUCAAGGUCCGUCGACAUCGGUCUCACGGGAUAAAGAGCGACGCGAACGAGAUAGAGACAAGGAUCGACCGCGGGAACGAGACAAGCCAGCAGACACCUUACCACCACCGAAGCAGCAGCAGAAUGCAUCACCUGCCGUGGCGACACCGACGGUCGUCAACCCGCAGCCCACGUAUGGGAAGAAGAAGAAGCGGGUCAUGUCGUCGGACGAGACCGAUCUACCUCCUCCCAAUGGCUCCGUCGCGGUCGCUCGGGCCAAGAAGCGGGAAGAAACCGAUCGAGCGAGUCCGGUUGCUACGAAUGGGGUCGUCAAGGAGAAGAAGACUAUCAAGCGAGAGGAAGAUCGAGGAAAGUCGCGGGACGAAGACUUUGAGCCCAAGAGACGCAAAGUCGUCAACGGUGACCACGAUAGCGGACGUAAACAGCGCGAGACGUUGGGUAUCGGUGCCGGUCCUGGUCGACCGGGCAAGUCUAGCAGGGUCGUGUCAGAAUCUACCUUGACCGAAAGUGAGGCCGAGACCAAACGGCCCGCCAAAAAGACUGGUCGAGCGAGGCGCAACUCGAAUGCGUCGAACAAUACCAAGAGCGAAAAGUCUGGUCAAAGAGAUGACCCGAGGAGCGUAUCCCAGACUCCGGUCCCGAACGCCCGUGGCGGCAUCAAGGUCAUUUUCCAGGGCCAACCCAAUCCUCUUCAGCCGGUCGAGCUUGGUGGCAUGCUCUGCUGGAGGGGUCACACCAAAAGGAUCUAUCGAGUCUCGUGGAACCCCCUGAACCUCACCCGGCUUAUCUCAUGCUCGCAAGACGGACUGUGCAAUAUCUGGGAUUUUGCGGAGCCAGUGAAACCAGACGAUCAGCAACUCCGCUCGUUGACUAGGGUGCCGAUCGAAUUGGCUCACAGAACCCUCCAGACCAAGAAUGCAGUGGUCGAUCUGGCCUGGAACAACGAUGGAAACGCGUUUGUCACCAUCGACAAAGCCAACGUCGCCCGCUCGUUUGUUGGGGACGGUGAGCUUCAAGGUACAGGCUACCGGCACGAGCGAGAAAUUACUUGCGUCGCGUGGAAUCCCAACGGGAACUACUUUGCGACGACCAAUAUCGACGGGCAGACCUGCGUCUGGGACAUUAGCGUCGUACCCAUCAAGCUCAAGAACAGCUGGGAACACCACGCUCCACACAAGGCAUACCACGUCGACUGGCUCACCAAUGACAUCUUUGCUACAUGUUCAGAGGAUUACACGGUCGUUCUCUGCUCUGUCAACACCGUCGACCGGCUGACAACCUUGACCAAGCACCAAGACCGGGUCUUGGUGUGCAAAUUCUCGCCAAAGCACCGACCAGAAGACAAGUUGCCUGCCAGCGGAUCGUUUCUGACCGGAACUCGUCGGCUACUGGCGAGCGGUUCCGACGAUCAUACCGUCCGUAUCUGGGAUAUGCAAGCACUUGAGGAUGAGGGUGCGAAAAUCUUUUCAGAGCCUCGCGAUCCUGCCAAACAACCGAGAGAGCUCCUCACGCUAAGCGGUCACGUCGGCGACAUUCAGCUGAUCGAAUGGUGUCCACGCUUGCGGAAGGAUGGAAAGCGCCUCCUUGUUACUAUGGCCAUGGCAGACCCUCAGUCUAGUCCUGAGCACCGUCACGUUAUCAAGAUGUAUGACGUCAACGCUCAAGAUGGCAAGCAUUGCCUCUACACGAUCACCGAACACAAAGACGAGAUCCGGGCACUUGAUUUUUCCCCGGAAGGCGAUUUCUUCAUGAGCUGUUCUGACGAUGGUCACUUGAACAUCUGGCACACCGAGACCGGACAAAAGAGGAAGCACUUCGAGACCAAUGAAAUCUCGAUUGCUGAUGCUAGAUGGCGACCCGAUGGCCAACAGCUCGCUCUGGCGAUGGGCGAUGCCACGUUGCGGACUGUCUACGUUGGCGACUUGCUGACCCCUUCGUCGACCUGAUCGAUUGUCGGAAUGCCCAAGCCAGCGCCGGCGGAUCUCGUCUUCAACAUAAUUUCGUUUCGCUCAUAUCCGACGGACCUGUCCACUUCUGAUUUUGCUGCAUCUCGGUAUUCUUGACAUCCCAAGUCUCCCGCAUUCAUGCCGGUGCCACAUCAUGCCUGGCGGUGAUUGUUCAAUAUCUUUUUCAGCAGGCAACGUCCCAAAGUCAAACCAAUGUAC